AUGAUGGAUGAAGAGGAGAACUCGGAAAAUCGCCGUUCCUCCAGAAGGGUAACAUCCAGCUCGAAAAGUGCCAGGAAAAGUGCGCUGGAGGAGCUGCGAGAAGCACGACUCGCUGGGCGGAAGCAUCGUCCCAAUGUAUUUUUGAAGUUUUCAGUAUUUGAGAGGAACUUAUAUCUUCCAGUUGGAAGUCAAGGACGUCUAUGAGGUUGUCGAAGAAGCAGAGUACCACAAAAUCGUGGAAGGCCGUCAAAAUGAUGAUUUUGUCGUCGACGAUGGUUUUUUUCAUCAAUUAUGAUAAAACUCUGUAUUUUGCAGACGGUGGCGGCUAUGUCGACACAGGGGCCGAUUUUGAGGAUGACGAUUAUUACGACGAUGGCGAAGGGGCCGAAGAUAAACCCAAAAAGAAGAAAAAGGAUAAAAAAGGUAUAUAACCGUUUUUUUGUUCUCAAAAUCAAUUUUUUGGUUUAGAGAAAAAAGGCGCUCUGGACAGUUUUUUCUCGGUGACAACGACGAAAACGAAAGGGGAUGAUCAGAAGGUUGGUCAAUGGAUUAAUUUUGGAAAUUGCGUUCUAGAACUUGUUAAAAAUAAACUUUUAAAUGAAAGGGUAUGAAAAUUCGUGAAAAGUUGGCAUUUUUAUUUCAGGAAGCUCUUGUAAUUUUUGAUUAUCUGAAUUUGUUUAUUAUCUAGAAACUGUAGGAUCUUUUUGAAAUUUAAAUUUAUAACCGUUUAAAAAUAUUUUUUUCGUUUUUUUGAAAAAGCUUUUAGUUGAAUUUGAACAUUAACUCAUUGUAGAAAAUCUUAAUCCUUUGUUCAAAGUGUUGCGAAAUUAUCUCUGAUUCUCCAGAAUUUAGUUAUCUUUUUCUUUCUCUGACGGCUAUUUUGCAUUUCGCGGAAUCCCUUUGAACACGGAGUAAAACAUUUUUUAGAGAAAUUUGCAGAAUAAAGUUAAAUUUUGAAGAUUCAACUCUUGAUCUCACGUGUGAUUUUUAUGCUCAACUCAACUGGAAAAAUCUUAGCGACCUUUAUAGGGUUUUGACGUUUUAGUGGCCACUAUAGAGGUCAAUGGAUCAACAUAACUGGUCCAAUCUGUUUGUUUUAAAUUUAUCAGAGUUACUGGAAGGAAUACUGGAUCGAUAACUACUGAAGUGGCCACUAAAUAGAGAGCCUCUAUAGUGGCCCCUGAAACGGAAAAUAGGGUCCACUAUAGAGGUGGGUUUAGUGGUCACUCUAGUGUCCUCUCCAAGUACUUCUUGGCGAGCCUCUGUAGUGGCCACUAAAAAUUUUCCCAGAAAGUUAAAAAGAAUUUUUCCAGGCGAAGCUGAAACUAGACGACGAUGAGGACCUUCAAAACAUGCUCGCCGAGUUGGGAGAGUCGGGACCUUCGGAUUUGGCGGCGGCCUUUGAAACUCCCAAUUUCGAGGCUUCACCACCCCAUUCUGAACAACCGAUGAACCCCUUCAAACGGAAGAAAAUCGGUUUCCACAAAUUCAAAAAAAAAUUUAUAAUAGAAUCCUUAGAAUCUUCGCCAGCGUCGAAUGAAAUCAUCGGAAGGCCUCUGAAGAAGAUCCGACGCGAGACUUUUGACCGCAAUCACGGGCGAAUCUCAACGCCAAAGCCUCCACCUCCAAGUGUAGACCAAAUCAAAGAAAAUGUAGGCAAGAAAAAGUUUUCAAUCGAAAGUACUUACAGGGGAGGUUACUUUACUUUGGUCACAACUUUCUUCAAUCUUCCUGAAAGUUUCUGAAGCUGCGUUUUUCUUCAGAGUGUUCAGAACGUCGUCAGAGUGUUCAAAAGAACAGCCAUAACAUCUCCAGAUAGUUCCAGCAAGAUUGAAAUCCUUACAAGGAAGUUGUGACCAAAAUCCCGUUUUUUCGUAUCUUUUCUGACGGUACUUUAGUUUUUUGAGCUAUUUAUGGGAUCAAUUUCAUUUUUUGAAGUACUGUAUGUUAUUCUCCAACUUUAGACCCCAUCCAUGGUCUCCAAACCUGAAAAAGAAGAAGAGGAAUAUGACGACUAUGACUAUGGCGUACCUAUGGACGACGAAAUGGACUGUGAUUUUUUGCAAGAAACGAAGGUUGCAAUGAAAGAAAGUGCCCCGGAAGAGAAAGAGAAGGUCCAGCAACAAUAUAGAAAAAAAAAAAUGUAAGCUUACUUUAGGAAGUGAAGAAAGAAGUCGAGGCUGAGGAGACGGUCGUGAAGGAUGUCCUCAGAAAAAAUGCUCCCCUGACCCUCUCCGAGGAGCAAUGGGACGUCGACCAGGAUCAGGGGUUCCCAAAAAAAAGAUUUCUGUUCUCAACUUUUCCUCUCCAGGACGGAUGAGGCCCCAUUGCCAGAGAUGAAAAUCGGCAACGAGGAGUUUUACACGGAGAAAGUCAGAGAGGAUAAAACCGUGAAAGCCAUUCGGAUGUACUGGAUCGACGCCUUCGAGGACACCCACAAGAGCAAUGGUUUGUUUUUUGUAGAAUCGUUCUGAACGAGAAAAGUUACAGUAAUAGUUGAAAGAAAUGGAAAACUUUGUGUUGGUUUCUUCGAAAAAAAAAUUUCCAGUAUUAAAACCUUUGUUUGCAGCGGUAUCAUAGUUCAAGAAUAAUUAAAAGUUUUAGUUUGGAAAUGGAAAUUGAUUAUCUCAUCUUCUGUGAUGGAUUACUUCGUUUAAACACACGAUGUUUGCCAGGUAAACAUCGCAGAUCCAUAAUUGAAAUAACCUCGGUUCGGCCGCAAACUGAGGGGGGGGGGACUUGACAAAAAAAAAAAUUUGUGUGGGACCUCUGCGAACUGAGAUAUUUCAUUGAAUGCACUAUAAAAAAAGUUUUUUUAUUCAAAUCGAAAAAAAUCAUUGUGAUUUUUCGGAUUCAGCGUGGUUGAUUUAGUCUAGAAACAUGUAAAAAAAUAUAAUUCAUGUCACUUUUCAAUUAAUUUUUUUAUUUUUCACGGGCAGGGGGACUUGGCUUUGGCUCCGAGGGGGGAACUUGGCUGACGCCAGGCUCACUCAUUCCAUGUAUGCGCAGAUCUAGUCCACACUUCUGGGUUAGGUAGUUCUAGCUAUGAAAACUCAAAGAUAAAAAGGAAUAUCGGCUGAGCGCCAUAUAUUGCUGAGAAAUAUUCCGACGAAAAUGUACAGCAGCAACUCAAUAACUUUUUUUCCUUAUGAGGCGGGGGGUUUGAAAAAAAGCUCCUUUUUUCGUGUUUCUCAUAAUUAAAUGAACUUCUUCAGUUCUUUCGUACUACGAAAUUGGGGAGCUAAUCAGUUUUUUUGAACAUUUUUCCGUACGUUUUCGACAAAUUUUCGAUAUUUCUCACUAUUCUGUGGCGCUUAGGAGAUUAUUCUUUUUAUUUUUCGAGCACUCAUACUUGGGCUAUCUACCCUUAGGAAUGAGGACUAGAUCUGAAAUUUCCACCUCAAAAAAAUUGUCCUCUGAUCAGUGAGCGUUUUUUUACCCCCCCCCCGUUGAAAUUUUUGAUAAAACUUCGCUGAAGUGAACUUUAAGACCUCCUGAUUACAGAACAAGGGAAAAAAAUUUCUCGCAAUAAAUCUCGUUUUUCGAGUUAUGGGGUGAAAAAAACAUUCUUUAGCGAGAAGUUUUUCAUACAGAUGUAUAAAAUUUAAAAAUUUGUUCAUCUCAAAACUUUUUUUAAUUUUUCAGGGACAGUCUAUCUGUUCGGACGAGUAAAAGUGGCGGGAGAUCGCUGGGCGAGCUGUUGCCUCAUCGCUAAGAAUAUUUACCGCCAAGUUUUCUUCCUUCCAAGGGCAAAGGUUCUUCAUGAAGGAAACUUGAAAAUAAACGAGAUUUUUUUAGAAGCUGAGCGACCCAAACCAAGACGUUCUAGCCGAUGAGGUCUUCUACGAGAUCAAAAACGUGUUCGAGAAGCAUUUCUCCACGAAAGCUUUGAAGUGUAGGGUCAGUAAGAUCUUGUACAAACGAAAUUAUCUCUGACUCUCCAAAUUUCAGCUAUCUUUCUCACUUUCUCACGGUUGUUUUGAAUUUCGAAACAUUUUAACUCGUCAUUUUGUAUAGUCUGUUCAGAUUUUGAAUGUCAAGUAGAAUGACGUCUUUCGAAAACGCUCUCUGAUUGGUUUAUCGCGUCAUUAGGGGGCGGAGCUUGAGAGAGGGCAUGACAUUUAAAAUCUGAACAGACUAUAUUCUCUUUUCAAGCAUGCUGGAAAAGUCGGUCGGUCGGUUUGGAAAACUAGGCCACGCCGCAUUUUCGCUCCAUGGAACACUUAGAAUUUCCAACUGUUUUCAAAGUAAUUUCGGUGAUUUCAAAAUAGACUCGUUAUUCGUUUAAAAUGAAUUCAGGAAAUAGGCAGAAUUGCUAUUCCGAGAAUGCGCAGAAAAAAUGGGUCUUACAACGAUAUACUUUUUUACCGUAAUUCCUUCGCGGGAACUCAAAAUUUUGGAAUUAUUUGGGCACGUUCGAAGUGAGUGUUCUAGAAAACUGAUAAAAAGAAAGGGAAAAAAUCUGAAAUUCGAUUUUCCAUGGAGCGAAAUUGCGGCGCGGCCUAGUUUUCCAAACCGACCGACCGACUUUUCCAGCAUGCCCUCUUUUCAAAAUAUACUCCUUGAAGUUGGUUUCAGACGGCCAAACGUAAGUUGAUCAAAGACACGAGUUUUGGAGCGUCUGCUGGCGUGGAAACCGAUCUGAUGGAAGUUCAAUACGAGGUUUUCCGAGGCAUCUGUAAUGUCAGAACAGUUAGGGAGAACAAAAUUGACCAUCUCAAUGAGGAAAUAAAAACAAAACGACUUGAAAGGAAGGUGAAAAUUGGCCAUAACAUUCAUAGAUGUAUAGUCAAUGUUUCCCGACUUGAAAGGCGAACAAGGCGGGACAAGGGGCGGGACGCGUAGCGUGUGUGUUCGCGAUUCUUGGCACGAGUCCAAUUCAAUUGCCGCCGACUCUUUAAAAAGCUCGGCAACCGCUCUUUUUCAAUGUUUUCUAUUAUUUUUUGAUGCGCACAUGAACAUAAUCAAUAAAUAAUUGAAAAAGGAAUGAAAAGAGCGAAAAACGGGCUUUUCAAAGAGUCGCGGGCGAUUUAAUUGAACUCGUACCAAGAGCCGCGACCGCACACGCUACGCGUCCUGUUCUUCGCCCCGCCUCCCUCGCCUUUCAAGUCGGGAAACAUUGACUAUACCAGGAAAAAAUCCUGAAAGUCUGGAGCUGAACAAGCUCUCAGUUUUCGAGGAGAGGGAGGUCAAAAAUGUGUAAAUUUAGACGUUUUUGGGUUAUUUCUAGGAAACUAGAAAGUUUUGCGAGUUGAGACUAUUAAAAUGCAGGAUUUUUCUGACCAGUUUUUAAGAAAUUUCCAGUCUCUCUUGUUAGGAAAAAUGAGAAAAAUGUUCAUAAAAUCUCACUAGGGAACUUUUUUACCCCUCCCCGAUUGAGCUUUUGCUGAAAUUUUGCAAAAUCUCGCAAUAGAUCUCGUUUUCGAGUUAGGACACUUCAAAAGCCCGAAAUAGCGCUUUUUUGGCCUAAUUUUCGUAUUUUGCACACUUCGAAGCUCUAUCACUCGAAAACAAAAUCUAUAGGUGAAAAAAGUUCCCUGGCCAGGUGAACUAGUUUUUGAAGGGAUGAUAAGCAAAAAAUCGAAAAUCUGCUCCCAGAGCCGUCACGGAAAACUGCCGGCGGAUCUGAACGGAGAAACCUUCUCCCAAGUCUUCAACACGACCACUACUCCCAUGGAACGCCUUCUGAUGGAGCUGAAGUUCAUGGGCCCCGGCUGGAUCGAGUUCACGGAUUUCGGUGAGAAAGAACGUUUUUUUCUUCAUCCGCUUUUGUAGCGCGUCUUUGAAAGAGUUUGAUCAAAUAGUGUUCUCGCUUGUUUUUAUUGAGAUGUGCAGCUCCACAAUCCCUAAAGUUCAUUAUAUUUACUCGAGCACCGAGAUCGUCCAUGAACUUUUUUGAGCUUGAAGUGUUAAAAAACUUUUCUGACCGCCAAACGCUUAAUUUAUCAUCCUAAUUGUUCAGAGGUUCAACCCCACUAACUCUUUUAUCUAUCAUUUUCAUCUUUUCUCACUCUCAUCAACUUUAAAAGUAGAUUCUGGUCAUUUUUUGGUCAUUUAUAGCCUCCAAAUGCUUAAGUGAUCUUUUGAGAGGUCCUAGGGUCAAACCCGUUAGUCGUUUUUUUGCUGUUUUCAGCUUCUUCCAUGCCUUUUUGGCUUGGAAUACGCGGAUUUCGGUCGCUUUUUGGUCCCUUUUGGCCGGUAAACGCUUUUUAAUUUGAAAACCACAAAUUUUGGUCAUUUUUGUCCCUUUUUGGCCGCUAAAUGUCUAAAUGAUCUUUCCAGAGGUUCUAAGUUCCAUCUUUUGCAUCAAGAUAUAUUAAUUUAAAAGACAGGAGUUAGAUAAAACCACUUGGGACUGCUUUAAACUAUAACUUCAUGAAACGGGACUUUUCUAUUGUUUUUUAAAACUCCUGGGAGGUUUUGUGAAUUCUUUGAAAACUGCGCUGAACUUCAGCCUUUUGCGCGCGAAAAAUAUCAGAAAAUGUACUGAAAAAAAAAGUUAUGCUACCCUGGAUUUGCCUGUGUGAGUAUAUGACUCUUUAUGGAAUUUUUUUUACAGCCGAAAUGACGGCCAAACAAACCUACUGCGAAUACGAGUUCACGGUGGACAUGGAACGAAUGGAGAGGAAACCGGCGGUCGAAUAUAUCGGAAGCUCUGGAAACUCGCUGAUUCCGCCAGUUCGAACCCUGGCCAUCAAUGUCCUCACCACCUUGAACGACAAGAAAGAAAGCGAGGUCCACAUUCGUUCUGUUCGUCGCGACUUGAAAGUUCUAGGGCCUCUCCUUAGGAAUCGAGAGUGGUCCCUAUAGUGGCCACCUUAGGGACGCUUGGAGGGUCCCCCUAUACGGGCCACUGUAGCUUGCAAAAGUGGCUCCUUUAGUGGGUUUAGUUAGCGGUCCCUACAGAAGACAUGCUAAUCGAUAAUCUUUAUGUACUCUGUGAUAUCCCAUGAUCAGAAAUGCGGUCGCAACUUUUUGAGCCAUUUCCUCCUACUGUAGUCGAAUUACGGUAGGCAGGUGGGCACCUGCGUAUCUCAGUAUUGAAGAGUUUUCAUUAGGCAAGUGGUAUAUCAAUCGAUAGGUAAUCCACUUUCAGGAACUUAUACAGUACAUACCAUCUUGGGUUAUUGUAGGAAUUUUCAAGUUAGUUUUUGUUUUUCGAUUCUAUGCCGACGGCCAGUGUGACCAAAAAACCGGCUUUGCAAAAACAAAAACUACAGUAACUUGAAAAUUCCCACGGUAACCCAAGAUGGUAUGUACUGUAAAAGUUCCUGAAAUCGGAUUACCUAUCGAUUGAUAUAUCACUUGACUAAUAAAAGCUCUUCAAUACUUAGAUACGUAGGUGCCCACCUGCCUACCGUAACAUGGCUACAGUAGGAGGAACAGACUCAAAAAGUUGCGACCGCACUUCUGAUGAUGGGUUAUCACACUGGAUUUUUUGACCCCUAACCACUCUAGGGACCACCCUGGAGUCUCCUCGUCUCUCGACGAGCCUGAAAAUAGCAAGUCAACAUGAGAGGCGCUAGGGGACGCAGAGAAGCCCUUUCAAGUCGCGAAAAAUAAACUAUAGAAAAAAGAAUCUUCAUCGUAGAGUCUGUUCAGAUCUGCAUGAUUUCAAUGCUGUACAACCGCAACUGCAACCUGGUUCACCCCAGCGCCGAUGUCAAGCAAUGGCAGAGGAAAUGCCGUCAGAAUCACUUCCUUUUCGAAAGAAAUAACAAUUUUCAGUCAUCACCAAGCCGGUCAACGGUACCAUGCCUUUCAACUUCAAAUCCGUCUUGGAACAAAGACGGCUCGAGAAGAUCAUCUCCACGGCGCCCAACGAGAAAGCUCUCCUCACCCUGUUCCUGGCUAGAAUCGCCGAGUUCGAGCCGGACGUCAUCCUGGUGGGUCAGCGGAGAGAAGAGAUAUUUAGUCGUAGGGUCUCGAGAAAUCGUCUGUAAGUUUUUCUAUUUGUGAGGAGUACUGUAUGUCAGCAUUCUGAGCUCUGACAAGUAGUGAACCUAGAAAUAAGGGGUUUUUCUUGAUAUUCUCGGUGCACCCCCGCGUUGGUCCUAGUUGGCGUGCACCCCGUAGGCAAAUUUUCAAAGAAAAUCCUUCUUUAAACGAUUGUCACAGCUUAGCAGGGUCUAACUAAUGAAAACUGUACUAUUGAGAAAUCAACCGUUUCGAAAUCGCGUACGGAAUAAGUGAAUUUGAAGAAAAACGGGUUGCGCCGAAGAUUCAACGCAUGGUGCACCCAUAAAUGGGCGGAGACAGGACUCAUUCAGCCUCGGAGGAGGGAUUGGCUCACAAGAAUUCAGAAAAAGUGUGUGAAAAUUUCCUUUUCAACCUCAAUGAGGCACUCUUGGUCACAAUAAUGCAAGUUUCAGCCUCAGGGAGGUAGUAACAUACGUCGGCUGGAUCUCAUCCCGGGGUGCGGCCUACCCCCCGAAAAGCGCGGCCUUUAAUUUAGGGAAAUUUGGUAGGAGGGGUCGGCGGCCUGGACUGCCCAUUUAUGGGUGCACCGCGGCUUUUUUUAGAAUCGGAAUGCGGAAUUUCCCCUACAGUACUCUUCGGGAAUAGGAAACUUGCUCUUGUAGUAGAACUAAAAAUUGAGCUUUGAAGUUCUGGGAAACAAUUUUCUGGUUUUUUUAUUUGCACCGUGAUUAGGCUCCUAGAAUGGAAGAACGAACAUGUAGUGGCUGAGUAACUGAAGGACUUUCAGAAUCCGUUUAAGAUGAACACUGUUUUAACUGAAUUUCAGGCUUAUUCAUUGAUAUACAUAAUUAUUUCUUUUCUCUUUGUUUCUUCUUUUGAAACGAAUUAUUCUCACUCCUAUAUCACCUUAAUUAACAGAUUUAAGAUCAAAAAUCAAGAAAAGAACCCUCAAAAACAAAUUCCGCUUUUUUUUCAGAGCCAUGACCUCUCGGCUCUCAUCACGCUGCUCGUGUCACGACUCGAAAAGUUGAAGAUUGCGAACUGGUCGCGGAUAUCCAGGCUUAAAAGAAUCCUCAAUAUUGGAAAAGUCGGACACAGCAAAGCGGCUCAAUGGGAACUCACGGCUGGUCGGCUUCUCCUCGAUUCGAGGCUCGUCUUUUGA